CAAAAUUCAUCAUCGAUGAGGAUACCGCCGUCGCCGCCGCAAAAUCGAAUGGGAAGCAGGGCAGCACUCUGCCUCACGCUCAUGUCGAUUCCUUCCGGCAGCCCCAACAAAACCACUUCUAUCUUAACCUAAUCCAGUAGGAAUUCGCUAUAGAGGGAAUGCCCUAAUUAAGGACACCAAUCUCAGGAACAUAACCAGACUGACUUCACCGGUCAGACAUCAGCACGAAUUGAAGAUUUCGCCCAAAUCCCUUUAAAAAUGAAUUCAAUUUUCCAGGCUUUUUCCUCACAAAUACUUUCACGGGCAGGCCACGGCAUUGCUAAAAGUUCGAUUCUUCAUCUUUCUUUUCCUUCAUGGAAAAGAAACUUUGGGCGUAUUGGAAUUAGAGCUGGAAAUGUUGAGUUCCCAUUCACCACCUUUCGUGUUCAAUAUUACUCCUGCAAAAGAAAAGAGAAAAAGUCUCCUUCAGUGAAAUUAGUUCUUUCAUCAUCCGCCGUUGAAAAGGAAGAAGAAGAAGAGAAGGAUUCCUUCUUUGUUGUGAGGAAAGGUGAUAUUAUUGGUGUAUACAAAAAUUUCAAUGAUAUUCAACCUCAAAUAGGAUCUUCGGUAAUUGAUCCUCCUGUGAGUGUAUUCAAAGGAGUUAGUAUGUCCAAGGAAGCUGAGGAAUACCUUCUCUCUCGCGGGCUUAGGAAUGCUCUUUACUCUAUCAAUGCAGCCGACUUCAAAGAUGAUAUUCUUGGUCCUCUUCUACCUUGCACUAUACAGGAUCCAAGUCCAACCAAAGUUGAUGAAACAAUAACUAACAUCACAUCGACAGAAAUGAUGCUUGAAGUACCAAAAGAAGCUGCUGUUCAGACGUCAUCAUGCAUUCUUCAUUUUGAUGGUGCUUCAAAAGGAAAUCCAGGACCUGCUGGUGCAGGAGCUAUUCUACGUAAUGCUGAUGGAAGUUUGAUUUGUCGGGUACGGGAAGGUUUGGGCACUGUGACGAACAAUGUUGCGGAGUAUAGAGCAGUAAUAUUGGGAAUGAAAUGUGCCCUUAAGAAUGGAUAUACAAAUAUUAAGAUUUUAGGCGACUCAAAGCUUGUCUGCAUGCAGCUGGAGCAAAGAUGGAAGGUUAGAAACAAGAACAUAUCAAUUUUGUAUAGUGAAGCAAAGAAGUUGAAGGAUGAGUUCUCGUCUUUCGAGAUCAGCCAUAUCCUAAGGAGCUUUAAUGGAGAUGCUGAUGCGGAAGCAAACUUGGGUGUUGGUCUUGCUGAUGGCGAAAUUCAAGAAGCAGUUGGCUAGCAAAGAUUUCGUGUAGAUUCAUUCCCCGUUUUUGUGAUUGGGCGAUGAAGCAUCACAUACAUUUUGUCCACCUGAGUUAUUGAGUUCAGAUGGCAUUGAAUUACAAUAGAAGGUGAUCUUAACAGGUUGAAGAAGGAAAUUGGUUGGGUCUCAAUUACACAAUCACAAUUUAAUGAAAAAUUUGUCAUUUAAAUGUUUUAUUUG